CCAUGGAUCAGUUUCUAAAAUGGACUGCCUGCAGCAAGUCGCCCAGCAACUGGCGGACCUGAAAGGUUUCUACACCCGAGACUGGCCCAAAUAUUGCAAGGAGUACUACUGCCUGGACAGUUUCCAGGAGCUCUACCAGAGGGACGCCAAGCUAAAGGAUGUGCAAGUGUACGCUCUCCCCAAUCUGGAACUCGGCUUGUUUGUGAUCGUGGAUCGCUAUCAAAUUUCGGUGGGCUCUUUGGAGGCUGAAAGCUUCGAAAGGGUUUUGAAGGAGUCCCUGGUCAAGUUGCCGUUUUAUGGGGGCGAACAAUUCGCCUCCAUGCCACAAAGAUAUCUGAAAGUUGCGCUCGAUGUAAUUCAGGCGAAAAAUAUUAAAUUGGGCCUUAACUACGUGACCUAUUCCCUGGUUUUAAGCAAGGAAGAGGCCCUGUACUUUUAUGUGGAACCUCCAGUCGGCUUCUCCUUGAAGCCCUUAGAGGUAGACGAUGCCCAAGUGGUAGACGAUCACUGGGAGUGGAGGGAACCUGGUUCUCUUCCCUACAUUCGACGUCAAAUUUCGUGCACCACCAGCGUGGGCCUGUUCAAGGACGAGGACAACGAACUCGUGGCCUGGUGCAUAAGGGCGCAGGAUGGACUUUUGGCAGCUCUGCAGGUCAAAGCCGCUUACCAACGCAGAGGUUUUGGCGCCAUCAUAGUGAAGGAGUUCUCGAGACGAGAGGCUGAGCAGGGACGCGACAUUAUCACCGAAGUGAGCUCAGAAAACCAGCCAUCGCUGAACCUGUUCAAAAAGCUGGGCUUCAGGUACAACGAUCAGUGUCACUGGCUGCUCACGGAAGCCCCAAACAAAGAUUGAUUGUACUGCUUUGAUCGAUGUUACCAUUUUAAGAUUACUUAGUUUUAUCAGCCGUGGUAGAAACGCGUUGGCUAGCUUUAAGAGAAACCGAGUAAGAGAAUCUAUAUAUCUCUGAAGAGAAAUACACUGUGCAAGCUGCCUUGCAAGUUGAUCAACUUAAUCAACCACACACAA